AUGCUUUUAAGCUAAAAUUGAUCAAAACUAAUCGAUAUUGGAUAAAGAAUGCAGUGCAAGUCCAGCUUUUGCGCUAUCAUUCUCAGAUCACUCAAGCCUUUUAGUUUGAUCAGAAACAGAGCCGCCGUACUUCCAGGUUUGUUUUGGAUCGUGCCACCAUCAGUUCUGAUUGCAUUAUGUUUCUAAGGCCCCUCUUAUUGCCUAUGAUAAAGAAUUGGAGUCAAAGCCUGAACACAAUGGGAGAAACAUCAAUAAAUCAAUUUGUAUGAUUGAAUACCAUCAAAUUUCUUCAGUAUUAGUGUUUCCACAUGGAGAGUUUCUUUCUGAAUGUAGUAUGGUGACAAAGUUGAAUGCAGCAAAUGGAGAAGGUAUGAAAGUACCAUAUGAAUCACAGUUUAGUGAUCUUUCAGAUAAGAUUAAUGGGAAAGGCCGCGGUGGGAUAUGUGCAACCUCAAAUACAAGUCCGUUUUCAAGAAAUUUGUCAUCCUUAAAUUUUAGAAACAGACUACCCUUCAGCUUUUUUGAAAAGAAAAUGACAUUAUCAUCUAAUGCUCUUCCAAUGAAUUCUGGUAAUUUGGAUCCAGCAACCACCGAUGGAAAUCUUCAGAGAACACAGGCAAUGUUCUCAACACAGAAUGACAAAUAUCCUGUUAGUGCUAAUUUUACACCAGCUAUUGAAAAGAAAUAUGUUCAUAAUGUUUAUGAUGCUAUUGCACCUCACUUCAGCUCGACAAGAUUUGCUAAGUGGCCAAAAGUAGCCAAGUUUCUUGAUUCCCUGACACCAGGGUCAAUCAUCUUGGAUGCUGGAUGUGGCAAUGGAAAAUAUCUAGGCUUCAAUCCAAAUUGUUUUUUUAUAGGUUGUGAUAUAAGUUCUUCCUUGAUCAACAUCUGUGGAAGUAGAGGACAUGAAGUUUUGGUUGCAGAUGCAAUCAAUCUUCCUUACAGAAAUGGGUUUGGUGAUGCUGCAAUAUCCAUAGCUGUUUUGCACCAUCUUAGUACUGAAGAACGCAGGAAAAAGGCAAUAGAGGAACUUGUGAGAAUAGUCCAUAAGGGAGGAAAGGUUCUGAUAACUGUUUGGGCUGUUGAGCAGGAAGAUAGAUCUUUGCUUACAAAAUGGACCCCUCUUGCACAGAAGUAUACGGAGCAGUGGGUGGGAACAACUAGCAGUUUUGAGUCUAGUUCAUCAACUGCUGCUCUGGAAAGCAUUCAGGAAUCAGCAAAUGACGAUUCAGGUGGUCAGGAUUUGCUUACUGAAAACAAUGAAGAACACAUCACACAUUCUCAUAAAAUGCAAUACCCAGAAAGUGUAGAGGCAACUGAGACUAAGAAAGAUAUUGCAGAGGGUGAGGUUUCCAUUCUUUCAAAAGGAAGUGAGAGAGAACAACAAGAAUUUUUUGUACCUUGGCAUUUACCUUACCAUCGGGCAGAAGUUAGUGGAACAUCUGCUCAAGCUAUUGCAAGUGGGUUUGCAAAGAAAGAUGAUAAAAAGGGGGCUGUUGUUUACAAUCGUUACUACCAUGUAUUUACCGAGGGAGAGCUUGAAAGGUUGGUUUCAGGUGUCAGCAAUGCACUUAUUGUUGAUAAAUUUUAUGAUAAAUCAAACUGGUGUAUAAUUAUUGAGAAAACGUGAAACGUACAUUCAAAACUUUCUUGGGAUUGUUGUAAAGUGUUACUUCUCCAUUUUAUACUUUAUAUAAAUGGAAGUGGAGUGAUUGCAACCCCAAAUUGUCGCUGCUUUCUACUGUGGGUCCUUACGAUGAUGAUUUUUAAAUACCAACUCCCUUGAAUGUCAAAUCUUAAUAUUUGUUGCUUUAAAGCAGCUAAAGCAGUUCUCUCGCUCGAAAAGAUGUUGCAAAAUUUAUCCUUCUGAUAAUGAAAUCAUUUGGGAUUGUAACUUGUUUUACAAUGUUUAGUAGCUGCAAAUUAUAUUCAGAGUAUCAUGUCAGCUUAUAAACGUUACCAGUGUUAGAUUUGGCCACUCUAUAUGUUUUGACUUAAUGUUGAUAAGUUCCAUUUGAAAUUUA